UUUGAUACAUAACAAACAGCUGUUCGGAACUCUGAGCUCGGAGUCGGAGCAAUACAUGGAUGGAUUUCGUUUCGCGAUUGAUCGAACUUUUACCUAGUUCUAAGUUCUUCGAAGAAAAUAAUUCAAUUCUUAUAAAACGACUAUAUGAAGAUGUGAUUGGCAAGGUGUUGAAGCCCAUCCGGGCCGGUUGUUGUGAUCAAAUUGAAUCGAAUUGUGUUGCACAAAAUCUCGUAAGGAUUGGUGUUGUGUAUGACCUUGUUUACAGUUGUUUACACACCGGUGAAUGGCACGCAGUACCGCAACAGGAAAGGGAGGUAUUCACCAUCAUUAGCUAUUUGCGGAUAAUUUAUAUGCUAAUGAGUGCUCCUGGAAGUAGUGAUGUUUUAAGACACGCUGUAUAUAUUGCUGACAUUGGUAUUAUGUUAGGAUCCAAGGUUAAAACAUAUCUCAAGGGGAAUGAGUGUGAUUUAUUAACAGAAGUUGCUUCAAUACUAACGGACACAAAAGAACAUGACGAACCACCUCUUAAAAAACUAAGAAUUGAAUUUGGAUGCUCGGCUGAAGAUUCUUAUGAUGUCCCAGUUAUUGUUCAACCAUCAGUUGAGUUUUUUGGCUCCGAGCACUAUGAUAAGCGUGAACCCGCACUCCUUCGGGGCAUCAUCAAUGAUUGGCCGGCAAUGCAAAAGUGGCACGAUCCCAACUACCUGGUCGGGCUGGCGGGUGAACGAACUGUCCCAGUAGAGAUAGGUUCUCAAUACAGCAAUGAGGAUUGGUCCCAAAGGUUGGUGAAAUUUAAAGAUUUUAUCGUCGAACAUUUAAAGGACGAAUGCAGUGAUGUGCCGAAUCAGAGCCUUGCCUAUUUGGCACAACAUGAGCUUUUUGAUCAAAUACCAGAGUUGAGAAAGGACAUCCGUGUACCGGAUUACAUUGGUAGAACCGAUGUUGACCCACGAAUCAAAGCAUGGUUGGGUCCGAAAGGAACCGUUUCUCCACUACACACCGAUCCUAGUCAUAAUCUGCUUUGUCAGGUAUUCGGAAGCAAAACAAUUAUUCUGGCCUCUCCCGACGACACCCCGAAUCUGUACCCGCAUGAGCAUUUCAUCCUCGCCAACACAUCCCGGGUGGACGUGAAGAACGUGGACUACGACCGAUUUCCUCUGGUUCGAGCGGUUAGGCUUCGUCGACUGGUGCUGCGUCGCGGCGAAGUUCUGUACAUUCCUCCCGGCUGGUGGCAUUUUGUUGAGUCCUUGGCGCCCAGUUUUUCCGUGAGCUUCUGGUUUGAGUAGAAUGGGUAUUCAUGCAUUGAUCCAAUAUAUUAAUUAUAGACAGCUUAAUGCUAAACCAUAUAU